UGGACUUGUACAGGUUUCCAUUCGACACACAAAUCUGCAGCCUAACCUUUGAAUGUUUAAUGCAUUCUGGUAAAUCUAAAACUCAGAAAUUAAUGCAAACAAACACAUAAAAUAAAUAUUUUACUCACCCUCAUGACAUCUCAGAUUUAUACGACUUCAUUUUUUUCAGCUGAACAAAUAAUUGUAUAUUGGCAUCAUGUUUUCUGAGUCAACAUGACCAAGCUCCAAGAAGCACAUCCAUUAUUAAAGUAAUGCAUAUUUUGAAUACAAUUUUAAUGUAUAUUCAUGAUUUGUUUAAAUUUACCCACAGAUGUAAUAUUUGUUAAUUUACUAUUUGCUGAUGAUUGGUACAUGCAGUCGCUUCACAUCCCUGGAGAGUGGCAACUUCUCAAUAUAACAAUAAAUACAGAGCAAUAUGAAAACCAAAUCACAUAUAAGAUCACCAUCAAGAGGAGACCUCUGCUGUAUAUCAUCAACUUUAUUUUUCCAGUAUUUUGUUUCCUUGUGCUGGAUGUGGCAUCCUUGUUCAUAAAUGCAUCUGCAGGAGAGAAGCUGAGUUUUAAAGUGACUUUACUGCUGUCCAUUUCUGUCUUACUGCAGAUUCUUAAUGACAGACUGGCCUCUACUUCCAGUGAUAUCCCAUUAAUUGGGAUUUACUGCUGUGCAAUUUUUAUACUUAUUGGCUUAAGCGUUCUGGAGACCAUAUUGGUCAAUAUUCUGAUUGGUAAAGGAGAAGAGAUCGAAUCGGCAAUCCCAAUGGAAACAAGAGGUGUUGUAAAUGGUCAAGAUGAUGGUCUAAGAGACUCACAUAACUCUAUAGACACAGUUACCAGUGGCAAUGAGGAGUCAACAUGUACACGUGACACUGGAAAGAGGCCAUCACUGUGCUGGACCAGAGCAGCAAAAAUUAUAGAUGUGACCUUUAUUGUUUUUUACAUAAUCACUGUUAUUGUGCUUCUGUCUGUUCUUGGCAAACGUUGGUUUCUGUUGUAAUAUUAUCUUACAUGAGAUGGCAUACAAUACUACAUUUUUUGUGUAUGGUUAAAUAAAUUUGUUUUUAUGCUGUUUGUGAAGAGUUUAAAAUGUUGUUUAUUACAAAGUUGAUUUGCGUUGUCAUAUACUUUUCUCUUGUAAACAAAAGAAAUGUGUAGUUUAAUUUUUAAGAGGAUUUGUCUUUAUCUUUGGCCCAUAGUAUCCAGUGAUAAGCAUUGUUGUUGUUUAUUUAGUUUAGACCAAUUCAAAAUUGUAACAGUUAACCAACUGAUACAUUUUCAUCCUGUCCACUAAAGGGCACAAGGGACUUUUACAAUAAAGAGAACAACUAGUAAGGUAUGUAAAAUAUGGUAAUAUAUUAAACAGUUGGUAGCAGUAUGUGCUCAGAUCACCAGUCUGCCAUUAAAUAAAAAAAGAAGUAUGGUAUCUGUUAGCAGAAAGCUAACUUUUGCUAUUCUUGCCAUGUCAGCAAAUGCCCUAUUUUGAGGAAAAAGACGGUUUACUAAAGCAAUAAGCCCCAAGAAGCAGUGGGUUACCAGUGCAUUCUAUAACAGCUAAGGGGCGUUUUUAGGCACGACACCUUAGCUGUUAGAAAAUGCACUGUAACCCCACUGCUUCGAGGGGUUUAUUGCGUUUAUAAAACGGUUACUUCAUAUGCAUAACGUUAGCGGGAUUUUAUAAAAUAAAACACAAAUAAGUUGUAAUUAUAUUAGUAUAAAUAUUACUCUUCCGCCAAACAAAGUAGUUCCUCAGAAUCAAGUGUGACUGAAACAGAGCGCAGUUCCCAACCAACACAGGCGCAGCAAAGACACAAUGAAAAUAUGAUUUAAGACUGUGGUGUUUAUUUUUAUAAAUCAACAUUCAUCUAAUUUAUACAUUAACAUUGAUAUUGUGCAACUGUUGAAGUGAUGGUCAAAUAAUUGGAAGCAUGCUGAACUCUUUCCACAUCAGCGGUUUUUUUUUUAAGUUACCACCCAGAUUUAGUUUAAUGCCUUACAGAAAAAUUAUCUUCUUUAAAUAAACAUAAAAUAUCAAAUGAAAGAACAGACCAUCCGCUUUCAAACUAAAAAAAAAACCGUUUCAUCCUACCUUCAUUUGUUCUCUUAUCACCUCUCAAUUUUUUUGUUAAAAGCGGAGAUAAUUCCAUUUUUGUGAAGAACUUUUGUAAGAGAUCAGUUUCAAAGCCAUCAAAACUUACACACUGUGUUUUCAGUGUUGAGUGAAUGCGUCAGUGUUUAAGUUGGGUAAGAUCGCCAUCUAGUGGAUAAUAGCGGACGUAUGAACUUGCGUUAAAAACUCCUCAGACGUUUUUUCUUUAUCGGCGAGAUGACUCAACAAUAUUUAUUGACAUUUAUCUGGAUAUCGCCAUUAAUUGUGCAAUUGUAGAAAAAUUUUAAAUAUGAUUAAAGACUGUGGUGUUUAUUUUCAUAAAUCACUACACAGCAACAGUUGCGCAGUGAUACUUAUGUAAUGUGGUCUGAACCCGAGGGUUACCGGGGUAAUUUAUCACGGCUUAGAACGUGUUUCAACCAAUCAGAAUGAAGAACCAGAACUGCCCGUUUUAAACUAAAAGUGUAUUUUUUACUGUUGUGUUUAAUGUUGUUGUGCUGGUUAGUUUCAAUAUAAGUUUUAUUUUAGAAAUAUCUUUUUUUUGUGUUUGUAACAGAUGGCUCUCUACAUGAGAGAACGUACCUCAUACGUUGUACUGGAAUGUAUUGCAUUGCCAAGCUUUGUUUAGAUUUUCCUUACUGCUGGGAUUUAUAGUCUCUAUAGACUUUAAAGGAUUAUUUCAGAAGAUUGGGUGGUGGUAUUAAUACACACUUAACUGGACUACAGAGAGAAGACCUUGAUUCACAAAAGGAUAAGUAGCUGGGUGACUGUUUUGGGCCUUGUUGAGAACAUUUUUGCCUACCAUUGUACAUGUGCUUUUGAUUGAUUGUUUGAUUGAAAUUCUCAUUUAAAUACUUGAUUUGAUGUUGUAUUUUGUUCACUCUUAGAAUAUAACUUGAAUAUAAUCUGUGUUGUCACUAAACUAGUUGGAUAGUGUUACAGAUAUUAGGCGCCCAAAGUGGGACAAGCAAGUUAAUGAUUUCUUAUUGUGAUGUAUGCUUGUACAAUAUUUUUGUGCUGAUUCAGAAAUACAGAGAA